AAAAGACUCUGCAUGCCUUGAGAUGUUUUGGUAAUGGUAGCCCGAAUUUCCUUUUCUGUUAUUAUUAAUCUGGUCAUGUACUUCGUUUGUUCUAACAAAUACUGAAUCUGUUUACACAGCGAAAGGAUCCACAGGUCGAUGAUACUGAAAAGGUGCAGAGGUUGAGGAAAGAGUGUCCGAACGUGAAGUGUGGUGCUGACACUCAUAUGCUGCUGAUAUUUAUGAUUCGAGCCUCGCCGUCUGCUCGUUCUUCCUCCUCUUUGCUGUGUGCGUCCUCCUCUUUGCUGUGUGCGUUGCUGUUGUGUGUUGCUGUUGUGUGCGUUGCUAUUGUGCGUCGGCAUUUCCACUUUGCACACCACCUGCUCGACAAAAUUCUUUAAGUUCCUGGUCUGAAUCUGUGUGGCUUCUUUACUCCUCCAGUUGCCGGUGCAGACUUCCUUGCUGCCUUGGUAGCCAGUUGCUUCCUUGGGGCCUUUCCUCCUGUUGAUUUUCUUGCUGUUUGCUUUGUACGAGCCAUUGCACUAAAGCGCUUUGGUUGACUAGAAACUGAAAAGGGAAACUAAAAGAAAAUUGGUGGAAAAUUAUGCAUUGUGGUUUCAUAUUGAUAAAUGGUUAUGGCACAUAAGCAAUCUAUGAAAGUAGAUUUGUUGUCCCUUCUUUAGAGUAAUUGAUUGUUGUUGAUUUCUGUUGAGUUUUCCCUUCGUUUGUCUGUUCCGUAUGGCUGAAGCUAGAGAUAAUUCGCUUUAAGCAGUUAGUGUUUAGUUGGAUGGUAAGAAUUAUGCAUAUUGGAGCUACGUGAUGAAAAAUUUCUUGAAAGGGAAACAAAAGUGGGGAUAUAUUUCGGGUGCUUAUAUUAAGCCUCAAGAUGAUGUGGCAUUAUUGGAUAAAUGGGAAGUUGAUAAUUCAAAAAUUAUUACUUGGAUCAAUAAUUCUGUUAAGCAUUCGAUAGGCACCCAAUUAGCAAAAUAUGAGACGGCUAAGGAGGUUUGGGAUCACCUAGCUAGACUCUAUACACGGUCUAAUUUUGCAAAGCAAUACCAGUUGGAGUCUAACAUUCGUGCUCUUCAGCAGAAAAGUAUGAGUAUUCAAGAAUUCUACGAUGCUAUGACAGAUUUGUGGGAUCAGUUGGCUCUCACAGAACCUGCUGAAUUACGAGCCUUUGGGCCUUAUAUUGUACGAAGAGAGGAGCAGAGAUUGGUACAGUUUUUAAUGGCCCUUCGUGAUGAGUUUGAGGGACUUCGUGGGUCUAUUCUGCAUCGUCAUCCACUGCCUUCUGUUGAUUCUGUUGUUAGUGAACUUUUGGCUGAAGAAAUUUGUUUGAAGUCCUCGGCUGUAAAAGAGGUUUCUCCAGCUUUUACUCCAUCUGUUUUUGCCAUGCCUCCUCGAUCAAACUCUAAAUCUCAGUUUAGGCCAUAUGGAUCUGUUGCUCGUGAUGAAUGCGGGUUUUGCAAGCAAAAAGGUCAUUGGAAAUCUCAGUGUCCGAAAUUGGGGGAGGAAAACAACAAGCCCAUCAAGAAGAACAAGCUCGGUGGUCGAUCGAUCACCACCCAUCACUGA